GAACAUGGAAACAAGACAACAAAAAUAAAUUUGUGGACAACAAGCCAGAGUGCAUGAUGGCGGCGUCGCUGCUGCGCCGGGACAAGAAAGCCACUGCCGCUCACUUGAAGGCAGACUUAAACCGGACUGACAAUAGCUCCGGAGUCCGGCAACUACAGGAGCUUCUUGACGCUGUACUGAAUCCCGAAAAACCAGCGGCGGACGCAGAAGCUCUUGACUGGUGUAAAUGUCUGAUUGCAGGAGGCGAAGGUUUCGAUGAGUUCUGCAAAACGGUGCGCUCCUAUGACAACGCGACUCUGUGCGGCUUGGUUUGGACGGCUAAUUUCGUGGCAUAUCGAUGCCGGACCUGUGGCAUCUCUCCGUGCAUGUCGUUGUGUGCUGAGUGCUUCAAUAACGGAGACCACACGGGCCAUGAUUUCAACAUGUUCCGGAGCCAGGCUGGUGGGGCCUGUGACUGUGGAGACAGUAAUGUCAUGCGAGAGAGUGGGUUUUGUCGAAGGCAUCGGUUGAGAACUGGGGAAAAUAUCCCCUUAAUUCCCAGAGACCUGCUCUUGAUGUCUGAGAUGGUUCUUCCCCGCUUUAUCCUGUGUAUCAUACAGUAUCUGAGAGAUGGAUAUGUUGAACCAGACACCUCAACUGAGAGAGAUCUACAGAAAGUCCUGCAACAGCUGGAGCCUCAGAUCUCCUUCCUUGAGGAGCUUACAAAGAUGGGAGGAGCAAUGAGGACUGUGCUGACAAAAAUCUUGACCAAUCAGCAGGCAUUCAAGGAGCUGAGCAUGGGCCAAGAGGAGAAUUUGUAUGCUAAGAAGAACUAUGACAAGUAUUUGUCAGCACUGAAGAAUUCAGGUCUGGUAUCAGUGGAGGAAAAAGGCCAGAGUGCUGCUGCUGAUGUUGGUGUUGGGGCUGAAGGAGGUGCAGGCGCGAUGGUCCUGUUAGGAAACAGCGGACCAGGGAGUCCAGACGAGCCAAGUAAAGAGGAGGAUCAAGAUGGAGGACAGUCUGUUGGUCAGAGGAAGAGGGUUAAGCUGAGCAGCAGUACCAAAGACCCUUGUAUUAUUGAAUCUCUGAAGCAUAAAUGCUUCCUGGAAGAGUUGCUGUUUUGGACAAUAAAAUACGAGUUUCCUCAGAAGAUGGUCACCUUCUUAUUGAACAUGUUGCCAGAUCAAGAUUACAAGAUCACCUUUACAAAAACAUUUGUCCAACAUUACGCUUUCAUCAUGAAAACGCUGAUGAAAAGCCACGAGUCGGACACGAUGUCCAACCGCAUCGUGCACAUUAGUGUGCAGCUGUUCAGCAACGAGGAGCUGGCUCGACAUGUCACAGAGGAGUGUCAGCUGCUGGACAUCAUGGUCACAGUCCUCCUCUACAUGAUGGAGAGUUGCCUUAUUAAAAGUGAACUUCAGGAUGAAGAGAACAAUCGCCAUGUUGUGGUGAACUGCAGUGAAGCACUAUUGAAGAACAACACCUACUGGCCCCUAGUUAGUGAUUUCAUUAACAUCCUCUCACACCAAAGUGUAGCGAAAAAGUUCCUGGAAGACCACUCAUUGUUGAUGCUGUGGAUGAGCUUUGUGUCGUUUUUCCAAGGUAUGAAUCUGAAUAAGCGGGAGUUGAAUGAACAUGUGGAAUUUGAGUCUCAGACGUACUAUGCAGCAUUCGCAGCAGAGCUUGAGGCCUGUGCACAACCAAUGUGGGGUCUCUUAACACACUGCAAAGUCAAAGAAACACAGGAAUACACUAAAACUGUGGUUCGAUACUGUCUGGAGACCUUGCAGAUCUGGUUUGAUGCCAUUGGCUUCAUUGAUGAGCCUGCUCCGAAUCAAGUGACAUUUCACCUGCCACUCCACCGCUACUACGCCAUGUUCCUCAGUAAGGCUGUAAAAUGCCAAGGACUGGAUCUGGACAGCCUCCUUCCUGACCAAGAGAUGUUGAUGAAGAUCAUGGUGCAUCCACUCCAGAUCCAGGCGUGCCUGUCAGAAAUCCACAGCAACAUGUGGGUGAGGAAUGGACUGCAGAUUAAGGGACAGGCUAUGACUUACGUGCAGUCACACUUCUGCAACUCCAUGAUUGAUCCUGACAUCUAUCUGCUGCAGGUUUGUGCAUCAAGACUAGACCCUGACUACUUUAUCUCAAGUGUUUUUGAGAGGUUUAAAGUAGUCGACCUGUUGACCAUGGCGUCUCAGCAUCAGAAUGCCGUGUUGGACUCUGAGCAAGAGAGACCAAUGCUAGAAGGAGCACUUACCUUUCUGGUCAUACUAACAAGCCUUCGCAUUCAUUUGGGGAUGACCGAUGAUGAGAUCCUUCGGGCGGAAAUGGUCUCUCAGUUGUGCAUGAACGAUCGUACGCACAGCGCACUCUUAGACCUUAUUCCUGAAAAUCCCAACCCAAAGAGUGGCAUUGUACCCGGUAGCUGUAGUUUUGAGGAUAUGCUCUCUGCUGUAGCCGACUUCAAAGCACCUGUGUUUGAGCCUGGAGGAUCCAUGCAGCAGGGCAUGUACACACCCAAAGCCGAAGUGUGGGAGAAAGAGUUUGACCCCAUCAUGGUCGUUCUCAGAACAGUCUAUCGCCGUGAUGUCCAGUCAGCAAUGGACAGAUAUGCAGCAUUUUUGAAACAGUUUGGCAUUCACACUGGCAACCCCUGGCCACCAUACAAGGAGAGGACUCCUCUGCACCCAUGUUACAAAGGUCUAAUAAGGCUGUUGCACUGCAAGACGCUGCACAUUGUGAUAUUCACUCUACUGUACAAGAUCUGGAUGGAUCAUCAGAACAUGUCUGAACACGUGCUGUGCAUGGUGCUGUACCUGAUUGAACUGGGUUUGGACAACCAGAUUCAAGACAACAAGGAGGAUGAGGAGCCUUGCAUUGAGGAGCACUGUCACGACAGCUGGUUCCCAGGCACCAAUCUCCUCUCCAAUCUGCACCAUGUCAUCAACUUUGUCAGAGUGCGGGUUCCUGAGACCGCUCCAGAGGUAAAGAGAGAGGCACCUCCCAGCACCAGCACCGAAGCUUCUUCUUAUGGCCAGAACUCCAGGCGUCUUUCAGGAAAUUGGAGAGAGAACCUUCGCGAAGCUCAGGUGUUCAGUCUCGUGGCAGAACGUAGGAGGAAGUUUCAAGAGAUAAUCAACCGCAGCUCCACCGAAGCCACGCAGGCUGUCAGGCCCAAGAGCUCCUCGACACGCUGGGUUCCGCCAGGCACGCCCCCGCAGCUGGUCACAGAGAUCCUGGAGAUCCGUGAAAGCAUGCUGUCCCUCCUCAUCAAGCUCCACCAAAAGAUGUCGUCUAAGCAGAACUCUCUGUCGGCAUCUUGGCUAGAGGACAUCGAGUCAAACCGCCUCGCUCACGGAGACGGCAUAACAGCCAUUGAACGUAUCCUCACCAAGGCAGCCACGCGCAGCUGCCAAAUCAAGCGUAGCAUCCAGGACAUUUGUGGAAAGGUGUGUCCACCAGUACCACCAAAGAAGAACAGUCCCACUGACAAGAAAGCCAUGGACAAAGAAGAGAGGCGUCAGAGGGCUAGAGAGAGACAGCAGAAACUGCUUGCUGAAUUUGCCUCCAGGCAGAAGAGUUUCAUGGAAACAGCCAUGGAUGUCGGUAAGAAAAGGCUGACUGAUCUUCUUUUUUGCCAGCUUGUUAUGUAUACUUUCGAGUUUUUGAGCUUAAAAAUCUUAAAUAUGAUAUGUAUGCUCGGGCACCGCUGCAAAAGCACGGAGCCUAAAAAUCUGCCGACGAGCGACGAGGAACACGUUUACCCAGCAGACACGUGCGGUGCGGCUAAUGAUGUCAGGCUCACACUCAUGCAACAGUUCUUCAAAGAUAGUUCUUGUCUGCAGUCAGUGUCAAUAGGUUGGGAUGGUGGCGUCUAUGUCCAGACCUGUGGACACACUUUGCAUAUAGAUUGCCAUAAGUCCUACAUGGAGUCUCUGAGGAAUGACCAGGUCCUCCAGGGUUUCUCUGUUGACAAGGGCGAGUUUACAUGCCCGCUGUGUCGACAGUUUGCCAAUAGUGUCCUCCCCUGUCGCCCUGGGAGGGGCACCGAAGCCGGUACCUGGCACACACCCACAAACAAGAAGACGUCUGUGCUCGUAAAGGAGGUGGAAGAACUUCAGGAGAAACCUGGCCUGUUCCCAACGGAGUCUAAUUUGAGUAAAGAGAUGGAGUUAGUAAUCAAAGACAUCAAGAACACCACCCAGAAGAAGUACAUGGACUAUGGCAGGAACCCUGGCUCCCCUGACAAUGAUUUCCUCUUCAUGUAUUCAGUGAAUGACCAGGUCCUCCAGGGUUUCUCUGUUGACAAGGGCGAGUUUACAUGCCCGCUGUGUCGACAGUUUGCCAAUAGUGUCCUCCCCUGUCGCCCUGGGAGGGGCACCGAAGCCGGUACCUGGCACACACCCACAAACAAGAAGACGUCUGUGCUCGUAAAGGAGGUGGAAGAACUUCAGGAGAAACCUGGCCUGUUCCCAACGGAGUCUAAUUUGAGUAAAGAGAUGGAGUUAGUAAUCAAAGACAUCAAGAACACCACCCAGAAGAAGUACAUGGACUAUGGCAGGAACCCUGGCUCCCCUGACAAUGAUUUCCUCUUCAUGUAUUCAGUGGCAAGGACAAACCUGGAGUUGGAACUUGUGCAUCGAGGAGGAAACUUGUGUUCUGGAGGAGCCAGUGCAGCUGCCAAACGCUCAUGUCUCAAUCAGCUGUUUCACGUGUUGGCCAUGCACAUGCGUCUGUACAGCAUCGAUUCAGCCUACAACCCCUGGACGAAGUUGACUCAGAUUGUACAAAUUAAAGAGGCAGAUUCCUUUGAUGAAGAGAGGCCUGAGGUACCCAUGCUGUUUCGAGACGUCCCGUCGCUCCUGAUUAUUUUUGUGUUAACGAUGCCCCAGCCUCUGCGUAAAGAGCACUUUACCUGCGUGGUGAAGAUGUUGUACAACCUGCAGUUCACUCAGGCUCUGGCUGCACUGUCAACAAAGUUCAGCUCAGAGGAAAGGCAGGCCUGGAGCACAUCUGGAGCACUCAAGAAGAACGCUGCAAAUUCUGAUAAGUCUUUUGAAGCACUGCUCAGUCAUGUUAUCAGUGAGCUCUCGAAGGACAAGAGUGUCUACAAGGUGAACUCUGAAGAAGCAACAAUGCUGAGCUCCAGUGUGUGGUCCCCACAGUCUAUCGAAUUCAGCCUGCAGCAGUUCUGCCUGCCCUUCCUGCGCCUCUCCUGCCUUUUGCAGCAUCACCUGUAUGGAGACAACCUAACCGGCUGCUUGGAGGAAGAGGAGUUUGCAUCCUUGGCUGUAUGUUUAGGGCUUUUACCCUCCGCCCCUCAGCCUGCCAACACCGUGCAAAGUGCCUCGUGUCUGGAGUGGCCAGUCAACACCUUUGACUUGGUGACGCAGUGGGGCGCUGAGGUCAAAGGGCUCUCUCAGAUACAUGCUGACGAGUCACUGACCUUGCUGGUCCACGAUCCUCAGUGGGCAGCGCCCCGUCUCCUGCAGCUGCCUGACAACUACAAUAUCAUCUUCCAGUACUAUCACAGAAAGGCCUGCUCUGCCUGCAAAAAGGUGCCAAAAGACCCCGCACUCUGCCUUGUUUGCGGUGCUUUCGUCUGUCUCAAAGGCGUGUGCUGCAAGCAGCAGGGUAUCUGUGAAUGUGUAUUGCACUCCCAACAUUGUGGCGCUGCGACAGGCAUCUUUCUACUGAUAAAUGCUUCAGUCAUCAUCAUCAUCCGUGGACAUCGUUUCUGUCUGUGGGGCUCUGUUUACCUUGAUGCGCACGGAGAGGAAGAUCGGGAUUUACGUCGUGGCAAGCCUCUCUACUUAUGUGAGGAGCGGUAUCGAGUGUUGGAGCAACAGUGGGUUUCACACACGUUUGAUCACAUCAAUAAGCGUUGGGGGCCUCAUUAUAAUGGACUCUAAGAUCUUCCAAAGUCCACUGAAAAACCACAUCCCAUGAUGGAGAAGAUUUUUUUUUAGUUUUGUUUUUUUUAGGGAUUUUUUUUCCUUCUGGCUUAUGUGUCUGCCUUGAUCAAAAUAUUUGGAAACUCUUGCUGUGAUAAACACAAACAUCCAGCGAGGGCUAUUUCUGCCACAGCCUUGGUUUAUGUGAAGUUUGGUGUACAGUCAUGCCUAAAGAUUUAACACGUGUGUGUGUUCAAGUGAUUUAUUGUGUGGUUUUUCUACAGGGAAAAACAGAAUUUGGUGAGAUUAAAGUAAAAAAAACAAAAAAGAAAAAGAGGGGGGGGGGGGUUAAAAAAAAAAAAAAAGCACAAAUUUGCCCACAAACCGAAUUGGUUUGGAUCAGGCUUUUAAAGUCUCUCCAGUUUAUUUGGUUUAAAAAACAAAACAAAAAUAAAUUGCCGAUUGUCCCUGCAAAGUUUGAUUACUUUACCACCAUUUCUGAUGUAAACACAUAUCCCUAUUAUUUAUCAAAAUGUGCUCUGCUGUGCUGGCAUGAGUUUCAAGCUCCUGGUAAGUAUAGCAAUGUUACUGCAGUGUGCACUCAUUGUCUGCUGACAUGUGAUAGGAGGCAGGACAAGUCCACCCAUCAACACACUAGAGUUUAUUUUGCUAACAAGCAAAGACUCUUUCUUUUAUGGGUCUAGUUGCAAUCCAUCCUCAGGAAUUUUUUUUGGGUUUUUUGUUUUUGCUGAAAUACGUUUUAGAUAUUUAAAUAAAUGCUGCUGCUCAUUGUUCAAGUAAUUAAUUUUAACUUUGAAGAAUUUGUUUUUGUUUUUUUUUCCUAAGGUUGUGUUUUGGGUUUACCAUAGAUGGCUGGGAAUGUUGACUCAAACUCAGUUUAAUGGUUAAGGAGGUGUGCGGUCACCAAGUUACACCCACUACACUUUUCAUAGCGUUGGCCUUUUCACACUGUUUAACUCAAAACUCCACCUUUAAGGCACUCAGCUGUCUUAAGCCUCAUCAUCACCACCCCCGUAUAAACAUAUAAGUCUAAACAUUGAGGGAAGGCAAAGUGAUCUCACUGCACAUCUGGUGUCCUGAGUGUCAUGCAAGAGCAAAAAUGCUACAUGAGUUCUGUCAGUGCUCUCUCGAGGUAUGAAACUCUGUGGGAGUUGUGUUGCUUCUGUGAGGAAACUGCAGUUCUUGUCACUCGUCUGUCUGUGCCAUCAGAAAAAGGCUUUCCCUUUACGCUUCUGAUUGCCAGGUCAUAAACUGCAGUACAGAACAUUUAUUAUUAUUAUUAUUAUUAUUAUUAUUAUUAUUAACAACUAUCUGUUAUACAUCAGGCAUCAUGUAGUUGUGGUUUAUAGUUGCAUUCCAACAUUGCAAGACUAUCAGACUUGAGUAUCUGUUGUACACUGUGCAUGACAUCCUUUAAGCCACCAUUAUUUAAGUGUCUUAGCGAUUAUCAUCUUCUUUUUUUUUUCCUGGAAGAGAAGUUUCAUCCAGCUGUGCCUGCAAGAUUAAGGGGGCCUAUUAUGCUUAUUUCCAGCUCCAUGAUUUUAAAUGAGACUUCAUUAGAGAAACUUUGCUUCUUCACAGUUCACAAGAACAUAAAAAGCCCCUUAUUUAUUAUCAUUUCUUCUUUUUCUUCUUCUUUAAAAUGUCUCUUCAAGCCUCUGUCAACCUAAAAGCUCACUUUCUUCUGAUUGGCUGCCCUUUGCCUGGUGUCCCAAAAAACGAAACCUAGUGCUUGUAAGCUCCGCCUCCUCAUCUCAUGUUCAAAACUGCAGUUCGGCACAGGAGUUGGGAAAACUGUUGUGAACUGAGCAGCUUAAAGGAAUUAGUUGUUAUCAGCAUCCAUCACAUCUAUGACCCAGUUUAUUUGUAAAUGACAGAAAAAGAGAAAAGGCGUAAUAGGACCCCCUUUUUUUUAAUGCUUACUUUCAGUGAUGAGCACACAGCUGAUAUCCCUGAUGUUUGGUUUUGAAAUGCUGGGUCACAUUGUGCUGCAUCGCAGAAUCUCUAAGGAACAAGUCAACACUUGAAAAACUUCCUCUUGAAUUCAUGCAUGCUGCUUUUGUGUUUUAUCCUGUCUCUCUUAUUUUUGUUGUACCCACUUCGUUAAUGACCGCAACCAAAUAGCCAACGAUGGGUGUAAAUUGUAACUGAAAGCUUUUGUGUGUUUUCCUGUAUGAAUGGGGAGAGAAUACAGUACAUUACUGUAGGUGCUGACUCAAACUUUCUGAGUUUGACCAGAAAGUGUGACUUGGGACAUUUAAAGCAAAAUGUAACAUAUGUGAAUAAAAUAUAAACACAGUGA